AUGGAAAUAUUGUAUGAAUCAUCACCGGAAACAUCAUAUGAAUCAUCACCGGGAACAUCAUAUAAAUCAUCACCAGGAACAUCGCAUGAAUCAUCGCCGGGAACAUCUAAUAAAUCAUCGCCGGGAACAUCAAAUGAAGCAUCGCCGGGAACAUCAAAUAAAUCAUCGCCGAGAACAUCAUCGGUACCAUCGAAAAGGCCGCCAAUACGAUCAAAGCAUAAUUCAAAAAAA